AUGGCCGACAAACUCCGCACCCAGCAAGAACUCGAGCGCCUCCAAGCGAAAUACGUCGGCACUGGUCACCCAGACACGACAAGCUGGGAAUGGCGCACCAACAUCCAGCGCGACACAUACUCUUCCAUCGCCGGCCACAGGCCUCUUCUCUCUUAUAUCGCGCUUGCCGAGAAUGAACCCAUUAUCAAGAUUCGCGCGCAGAUGAUUAGGAAAAUGGUGCAGCCUUGUGGUCCUCCUCCGCCACGCGAGGAUUAG